GCAACCGUUCCCAUCCAGAAAUAGAACAACAGAAUAACGGAGAAGAAGGAAAAGAGAGAGAUACAGAAACACGUGAACGGUCUCACUCUUCUUUACCUUUGUAUGAGAGCCCUCUUUCGUUGUAGAGGAGAGGUCUUGAUCGCCUUCAAGUGCUAAUUGUCAAUCAUCUGCCGCUUCAGAGAAGAAGGCUUAUAUCUUGUGUCACAUGGUUGGCGACGAAGAGCAAGGCUUUCCUCGGGUAGCAGACAUGUUAGCCACAUCUCACAUAACCCUCCCUAGCCUAAAACCCCCGAGUAUCCCUCUCUCUCCCUCUACCACGUCCCUUGAAGGAGUCCCCAAGCUACCGGGAGAAGAGGAAGCCUCCCUCCAUGUGUUUGGCUCCAUUUCUCGUCGAGUAGAGGACGAUGAGCUUACCAGUCUGAGCUGGCUUCAGAACCCUGGGGUACUCACCACCAUGUGUAACGCACUCACCGGCUCUCCUCACAGACUCAGCCCAAUGGGUACAAGGACUACAGCAAGACGAGGCUCGAGUUCAAAAUUAGACGAAGAGGAUCGACUCAAGUUAGGCCCGGACGGUCAACAGUUUAAGGUUCCUCGUAAAGGUACCGUGAAUUCUGCUGAGAAGAUGCUCAACGUUGUCCUGAGUGUACGAAACAAGCGUUAUAAUGGUGAAGAUGCUCACAAGCCUCCUCUCUCCUUUGCUUGUAUGAUCUUUAUGGCUUUAGAGAGUUCUCCUACCAAGACGCUACCAGUCAAGCAGAUCUAUGAAUGGGUACAGUGGAAGUUCCCAUAUUAUCAGUCGGCUUCCCCGGGCUGGAAAAACUCAAUCAGACACAACCUCUCGCUGAAUAAGUGCUUCAAGAAAGUUGAGAAGUUUUCUAAAAGGAGCAAGUCCAUCAUUACAAAGGGAGGCUUGUGGACUGUUGAUUCGUCAUACAGAGAAAGUCUCCUCUCUGCUUUGAAGCUUAACCCUUAUCAUCCUUAUCACAAGUAUUUCACUCCUCCUUACUUUCCAAGGAGUAUGAUUGCUGCCCUGAGAGAGGAAUUAGAGCUAGCAGUCUCAGAUAAAGGUCUUGAUGCUGCUGAAAGAGAUGCAGCACUGUCAAUAUGUCUUAUAAGUGGUGCUGAGAAUGGUGGGGUUGAUCCAGCUCUAGUGAGAGCCAUCUAUCACGACCACUGUUAUACUGAUUUGCCCACACCUCCUCCCUCCCCUGCACCAUCUUCAAGGAGUGGUUUGAAUCUUGAGGAGGUGCUAGCAGCAGCUGAGUUGAUAUUAGGCAAUAGUGAGGAGGUGAUGGAGACACAGAAAGAGAAUGGAGGCAGGGGAAGGAGUGUUGGGGGAAGACGUGGGAAGCGCAAGAGAAAGCAGAGCAAGAAGAAGGUGAAGAGAAGGAAUGUGAAUGGCCACAAUAAGGCUGAAGAUGAUGAAGCAUACAACAGCAGUGAGGACAAUGAUUGCGUUGAGGAUUGCAGUGGAACUGAUAUUGACUCCUCUCUGGCUGACAGUGGCUAUAAUGGGCCUUCUCCUUUAUCGCAUGAAUCAAGAUCCUCUAGUCUUGAUGAUUUAAGAGGUGCUGAUGCCUUGCUCUGUCUUGCUAAUAUUGUAGGUGAGACACAGCCACUUGAUGUAAAGGAGGCCACAGUGUCACAUGGUAGCAGUACUGCUUGUGUGAGGAGGUCCACUCGUACUGGGAAGGUAUUCUAGUGUAUUACUACAACCAUCGGCUGCAUUUUGUAAUUAUCGCUAUUUUGAAAAGAGAGAAAUUAUCUGGAAUAAAGAUUAUAAUAAAAAUAAUAACUAUUAUUGGUUCUUUUCUAUUGAUAUUAUUUUUGAUUUUUCUUUGAUUUCUAAUUCCCUGGAUAAUAUUGACAUUUUUAUAAGUUUAUAUAUUUAUUAUUGUUGUUUUUGUUGGUUUGUCCUCAUCCCUCUUCUCUAUUCUUUCUCUCCCUCUCUCUCUGAAUCAAAUGUCAUUAUCUUUAUUUGUGUGUGUGUGUGUGUGUUUUCAAACUGGUCACUGUUUUGUGUGUUGUGGUGUACGUGCAAUCAGUAUUUGUCUUUUCAUGAAUCAUUACUUUCUCUCUGUUAGUUUUGUACCAUUCAUUAAAGUUGUUCCCUUUUUCUAAAAAAUAAAAUUUAA